AUGAAUCGGGAGAAGAUGAACCUGGCGACGGCCUUCUUUGUUCUUGUGCUUGUUUUCACGGCGAACCGGUCAGCUGAUGCCGUAGAACCGCCUUCUCGAAGUCUGGCCUGGCCAGGCUGUCCGGACACAUGCGGCAAUCUAACAAACAUUCCGUACCCUUUUGGAAUCGGACCCGGCUGCUUCUUGGAUCCCCAGUACGAGACCGAUUGCCAGCAGACCAGCGGCAUCUCUAUUCCGGUACUUAAGAAUUUGAGCGUGGUGGUGUUAGAUAUCCGGCUACCGCAAAGUUCAUACUCCCCAGGGGUCAUUAGGGUCAGCCAGCCGAUAUCGUAUUCCCAUCUUAAUUGUACGACCAACCAGCAAAACCCAGUGGACUUAACAAGAAGCUUUUUCUGGUACUCUCAGCAUGAGAACUUUUUUGUUGCGGGAGGUUGUGACACCAAGGCCUUGAUGUCCAUCUAUCAUACCGAAGGGGUGGUCGUAGAAUGCAAGUCUUCCUGUGGCGGAAACAGGACUCUUGGGUAUGACCACUGCCAUACCGGUAACGGUUGUUGUACGAUUUCAAUCAACAAUGAUAUUAGGAAAUACAACGUGACAUUCAAGACUCUCAAGGAUGAAGCCAUAGCACAAGGAGAUGCAGAAUGUAGGUACGCAUUCUUGGUUGAGAGUGGAUGGUGGCAUCGAGCUAAAUUGAACAGUUUACCACCGGACGUUCCGGUGAUGCUCAAAUGGGCGAUUAGCCCAUAUGAGGAAUACCUGCUGAGCAAACAAAGCAAUAGGCGCGGCAAUGACAUUUCCGGCUCCUGCCAGCAGUACUUGAUGCAAAAGUUGGAUCUUCGAGUAUGUUCUUGCAAUCAAGGCUACAGAGGGAAUUAUUUUCUUCCCCGUGGAUGCCAAGAUAUCGAUGAGUGCAAAGAAGAACCAAACAUCAACUGCCGAGGGAAGUGUGUGAAUCGACCGGGGUCAUACUACUGCGAAGACAAUAAGACCAUCACCAUUAUAGGUACGGGCACCAGUGUCGGAGCCAUAGUAUUACUUCUUCUUUCUUGUUGGUUGUACAAGUUCAUCAAAAUAAGGCGCGCUGCAAAGCUCAAGCGAAAGUUCUUCAAACGUAAUGGUGGAUUUGUGUUGCAACAGCGCCUAUCUUCUGUUGAAGACAAUCACACAGCAAAAGGCAAGUUAUUCACCUCAGCGGAGUUAGACACGGCUACCGACCAUUUUAACGAGAACCGGAUACUGGGUCAGGGUGGUCAAGGAACAGUUUACAAGGGAAUGUUGACAGAUGGAACGAUCAUCGCAGUGAAGAAAUCCAAAGUUGUCGAUGCAGGACGAGUCGAACAGUUCAUUAAUGAAGUCGUUAUUCUCUCCGAAAUCAAUCACAGAAAUGUGGUCAGGCUGUUGGGAUUUUGUCUGGAGAGUGAAGUUCCUCUUCUCGUAUAUGAAUUUGUCCCCAAUGGAACUCUUUACCAUUAUCUUCAUAAUCCAUGCGGAAGAUUUCCCGUGUCAUGGGACAUGCGAUUAAGAAUCGCCAAUGAAGUUGCUGGGGCUCUUUCAUAUUUGCACUUUGCUGCGGCCAUCCCAAUUUAUCAUCGUGAUAUCAAGUCGUCGAACAUACUUUUGGACGAAAAAUAUCGAGCCAAAGUGGCUGAUUUCGGAGCUUCCAGAUCAAUUACCAUCGACCAAACGCACUUGACCACAAAAGUGCAAGGAACCGUCGGAUACUUAGACCCGGAAUACUUCCAAACAAGUCAAUUUACAGAUAAGAGCGAUGUCUAUAGCUUCGGGGUUGUCCUUGUUGAGCUACUAACGGGAGAAAAGCCAGUUUCUCAAUUGAGGGCGGAAGAGGGCAGAAGUCUAGCCAUGUACUUCAUCAUUUCGACGGAGGAGAACCGCUUGUUCGAUGUUCUUGAUAAGGAGGUAUUAGACCAUGAUGAGAAAGAAGAAAUUAUUGCGGUGUCUAACUUGGCAAAAAAUUGCUUAAACCUGCAGGGAAGGUACAGGCCCACAAUGAAGGAAGUGGCGAUGGAAUUGGAGCGAGUACGAUCCCUCCGAAAUCCCGUGGUUGUCUGGCAAAAUGACGAAGAGAUCGACAGCAUCAGAGCUGGAUCUAUCCGUCCUUCGGGUGCGGUCUCCGUAUUGACGCGGUCGAAAGCAGAUGUGGAGCUAACUUUGGUGGAGGACGAUAUGUCGCUCUUUUACGAUUUGCCGAGAUGAAGAUGCAUUUCGUUGUUUGUGUCCCAGUUUUCUAUGAUGCGAAACAUCACAAUAUCUCUAUUUGCUCUUUAUAAGUGAGUUACAGAAUAAUGAUAUACUGCACUCGU